ACCACCUCGCGCAUCUCACAUACAAAAUCAUCAGCCUUUCGAAUUUGAAACACUUGGAUAGUAAAAACCGGAAAGAAGCAACGCUGCAUCAAGGCUGUUUUUAAGAGAAAAGAAUAAGAAGAAAAAAACGAGAAGACAAAGCAGAAACAAUGUCACAACACCAAAUUCCCAUCGUCUUCACCCUGCCGCCCUCCAACCGCCACGACUUCCUCUUCCUAGACAUAAGCGACAAAUCCCCCCUCAAAGCGCUGAACAAGCAAAUCACAAGUCUCAUCGCUACUAGUCCGAACUGCACGGAAUUCAUGGCAAAGCACAAAGCCCAAGACGGCCCCGCAGAGCAAAUCCAAGAAUUCAAAAUUCACUGGGACGUCAAGGGACGUGAGAAGAUCUGGCCCGAGUACACUGUUUUGACCGAAGAAAAUAUCAAGGUUAUUGUCCAGAUGCUCAAGGCAGACCCGCGCAUGGGUGUUUUGGAAGUCAAGUUGGGCAAGGAUGAGUAA